ACCAUGGCAGCCAUGUCGCGAGGCCCGACCACCAUGCCGGCUGCAAAGUCAGCUGCGAAGCCUAAAUCGAAGCUGCGUGCACCAAAACGAGUCAAAGGCGGCACCGAAUCGACUCGAAACCAUGUCUUCAAGGGCUUCUCGCAGCGCAUCGCUCAGCUCAAGAUUGAACCGGUUCGCCGCGGCCGUAGCACUAUCCUCGACGAUGCCGAACUCGACUCUACCUUUUCCUAUUUCAGAGACUCCUUGCUGGAAUGGAGGGAGCUCAACAUGUCCGAAGGCUUCACCAUGUUCGCCCGCAAAGUCGCGCCACUUUGCGACAGCCUCCCGCAGGUUCUCCACCACAGCGACCGUAUCCUGGCACUGCUCGUAGAGUACAUUGAAAAAGGGGAAAAGUUCAGCCAGGAGCCACUGCUCAGUCUCAUGGCGCACCUUGCGCAUGACCUGGGCGAGAAGUUCGAAAAAUACUUCGAGACGGCGGUCAGGACAGUGUCCAGUUUGGCAGCAAGACAUGCGGAUGUGGAGGUCAUUGAGUGGAGUUUCGGGUGCUUGGCCUGGCUGUUCAAGUAUCUGUCAAGACUUCUGGUGCCAGAUCUGAGGCCCGUCUUCGAUCUAAUGUCGCCUCUGUUGGGGAGACAACACCAAAAGGCCUUCGUAUCACGCUUCGCGGCCGAGUCACUCAGCUUCCUGAUCCGUAAGGCUGGCGCCGGAUACCACAGGGACAAGACGCCUCUACAGUUAAUCAUCAGACAUAUCUCGCAGCUGCUGAGGGACCUGCAGGAGUCUGGCAUGGAUACCGAAUUUCAGCAAGGCCUCAUGUUCCUCUUUACAGACUCAUUGAAGGGCGUGGGCCGAGGUUUUCACUCCAGUGCUAUGGUUAUACUGCAGGAACUGUUGGCAGAGACGUACAAUGUUGCCCAUAUCAAUCUCCGGACCCCACCCCUCGAACCGGUCUUAGUCGGCGUUGCUACCGCGAGCAUUCAUCACUCGGAUGCUGAGAGCUUCAAACCAUUGCUGGAUGUGAUCCUUGCACAAAUUCGCUCCGUCUCAUCCGAUCUACGCUACUUGGGACUAUCAUCUCGCAUAUUGCUUGUGGUUUGCGGCGUACGCAAUGGCACCCGGGUAGCUGACUGGAUGUUUGUGCUAGGCACAAUCAGCUUACUACUUGAUGCAGUCAAGCAAUCACUCGAACUCGACACCACCGAUGCAUGGGAGCUUCUAUCGGCAGUGGUCGUAGUGUUCCAAUACUGUGCGUUAGACGCUGCUAUUCCUCAUGAGAAACUCCUCGAGGGGCUAUCAAGGGGUCAAUGGGAAAGAUUCUUCCUACCCUUCUGCAAUCUUUUCGCCGAUCUUGGUGCGGAGAGGUUUAGGACAUUGCUUCUACCGUAUUUUAAAAGAUUUGUUGCGCACAAAGCGCACGACUAUGGUACGGAGCUCUGCGUUAUCCUACCCCAACUUUGCCAGAGCGGAGUUGUGUCAACCGGCACCUUGCAACCUUCAGAGCGUUGGCAAGCACACUUGAAUAGGCCUUUCGAAAAGCUCAUUCAGCCUUGUAGUAACCACGCGGAGCUUGUGAAUACUACCUACUAUUGUAACGCUCUGCUGGACACAAUAGACCUACUCGGCAUAACGCAGGAGAAUAUCCACAGUAUAUGGGAUUCUCUGGGAGAGUUGGUCAAACGUACCAUUAAUGCAGAUAAUGCGGAAUCGGUCGACACGGUUGAUGCAUUUGCAACCGGGAACGGCCUGCACUUUCUUAUCGAGAAGAACAAUGAUCGCAGUCUCGCAGUCAAUCUCUGGCCUUCGCUUUGUCAAGCAUCGGGCCUGUACGGGCAUUCCAUAUCCUUUUGGCGUGCUAUACGUACCUUAAUGGAGCGAGAGAAGGCAAAUUUACUUCUGGAAGGGCUGCACAUGGAGCCAUUAAAACGAGCGCUUAUGCAAUGCCUCAGAUCGCCAUCGCACGAUAUGAGGCUCACGGCUAUCUACAUCCUGGAGAUCAUCGCAGGUCGGAGUGAAGAGCUACGAAAUGUCAUCUCUGUAGCCAUGAUGAUCGAGCAGACACCGUUAGACCUUGGGAAUCAGCGAUCCAUUGCGAUGCGCGUAGGACAACUCGCGAGGCUGUACCCCUCGUUAUGUAACGACGAGUGGAUCGGGGAGGCAAUACCCACUUUCUGCUUCGGGCUUCUAUACGUACGACUAGCCUCUGUAUGGGAAGACACUUGCUCCGCCCUAAAGGUAAUGUGUGGCACAAACAAAGGAGAAAGAAUUGUCGUCCAGGUCGCCUUCGAGUGGCUAAGUAAACCUGAAAACCUGGAUUAUGCUACGAGCAGGGCGAACGCGGGUGCCUCCGCACAGCGACGAUACGUGACGGAAUUUGAGUGUACCAAUCUCGUGCAACUACAGGAACAGAUCAUCAGUAACCAAGCCCGCGCGGACGAUAUCGAAGACCAACUGAACACUAUUUUCGACGAAAGACACGUCAGGGUACCAUUCUCUAAUGUUUUCAGCAGAACACAAGCUCUACGGUUACUAAACUCUUUACCGCAUCUUGCGGAGAAGCGCUCGCGUCUACUUGUCCCCGUUCUCCUCGAUUGGGCCUUGGACCAGCGCACGCCGGAGCCCCAGGAUGACGAUAUAUCCACAGAAGAUGCUCUCUUGCAUGAUCGCUGGUCGCGGAAAGAUCAGAAAGCCAUGUUAUCUCUCUUCGCCAAGUUCACCAACCCCAAAGUCCUCUAUCGAUCCGACGAAGUCCACGAAGCUCUUCUUGCGCUACUGAGCAACGGUGAUAUUGAGAUCCAAAAAGCAGCGCUACAGGCGCUCUUUACUUGGAAGGAGCCCGCUAUUGCAUCAUGUCAAGAAGACUUGCUCAACCUUUUGGAUGAUGCUCGAUUCCGCGAUGAGCUCCCAGUGUUCCUAAGUGAGGGAAAGCUUCAGGAUGAGGACUCUGAUCAGGUGCUCUCAAUCGUCCUCCGAUUGCUUUAUGGUAAGGUCAUCGCUGGAAAGAAGGGGCUUGAGUCCAAGAGGAAGGCUGUUUUUGUUGGACUUAAGAAUAGGUUCGGAGACGGAGCCAUACACCAGUUCCUGAGUAUCGCAUUCGGGGUUCUGGGCGGUAUAUCCGUUCUACAGGAUGCUACUCUCGACGAGGAGCUCUUACAGAAGGAAUUGGUGGAUACCCGGAAGCAGCUCGGUAUGCUGAACAUGUUGGACGACCUACUGAGUACUUUCCAAACCACCUUCGAGCCGUUCACCGUCACCGUCGUGAACCCCAUCCUAUAUUGCGCCAUCAAAGCCUCUCGAGAUUUGUCAACCCUUGGCGAGGGCGAAGCUGACGAAGGUCGAACCAUGAAAACAUCUUUGCUCAAGACAGUCCGUAAACAUGCACUUCAAAUAUUGAGCAGGCUAAUCGAAGCUUGCCCCGAGUUUCCUUGGCAGCCGUACAGUUCCAUCAUGGUCAAGGAACUUGUCGAUCCCCGGCUCGAACAGUUGCCUAUCGAGACAGCUCAAUCGGUAUCCGGCCAGCUUCAAUUUUUCGCCGCUUGCUCAAAGUCUCCAUUCACAGCUCCGUUUCUAGUCGAACACAACCCGGACAUUCUGGUAAAGGCUAUCGAUUGCCUAGAAGUUCCAUCAGCCAAGGACGAAGUGAAGUGUUUCGUUAUGGAUGACAUUAUCCGGAACAUAGUUAGUCUCGUUACCACAGAGGAUGAAACAGCAACAACAGACUCAAAGCUCCUUCGCAACCGCAUACACAUGGAUCUCAUCCAGCCUUACUCCGUUGCGAUCCUCAAUCGAGUCGGCCGUUUGCUUCGCCAGAGCCCCAGUAAAGAGGUGCUUGAGUCUGGAGUUCAGACGGUUGCGGACUUGGCCCCUCAUGUCGUUGGCUCGACGGAGUCUCGCAGUAUGAUCGAAAUCUCGACGUUCCUCCUUCGUCAGCCGUCCAAGCGCGUGAAUCCCCGGACGAAAAUGGGGUUGCUCAAAAUACUGCACGAGUUCAUUCAGCGCAGCGACAGCGAGAGCAUCAGCACGCUCUUCGCUACCAUUUAUGAUGCCGUCUGCCCCAUGUUUGCUUUCGUUCAAGAUCGAACAGCAAGGUCAUUACUUUGCAACGUUAUCAAAGAUCUCGCGGAUACCAAAGAGGAGCUCGUAGCGAUCGCAAGCCUUUGUCACGAUCUGAACUCAUUUGCGACGGGACGAUUGGAUGAACCUGACUUUGAGCGCCGAUCGCGGGCAUUCAAUUCGAUCAACGAGGAAGGAUUUCGUUCGUACUCCAUCAUGCAGUGGAAGCCUUUGGUCCACAACAUGUUAUACCUUGUCAAGGAUAAUGAUGAGCUCAGCAUCCGGGUCAAUGCGUCCUUGUCACUUCGUCGCUUUAUCGAAGUUUCAGCGAGUGAUGAGCUUAAAGAGUUUCUCUCAGCGGCAGUUCUACCUGGAAUUCAGCACGGCAUGCGGGAAACAUCGGAACUUGUCCGAAUCGAGUUUUUGGCUGUACUCGAGCACUUGGUGAAGACGCUUCAAGACUGGGCUCCCGUAGCCGAUCUGCACAUCCUGCUCUCAGAAGAUGAGGAAGCCUCGUUCUUCAGCAACAUCUUGCAUAUCCAGGGUCAUCGCCGGUUAAGGGCUCUGCGUCGGCUAGCCGCUAAUGCUUCCUAUCUUCGAGGCGGGAACAUCUAUCACAUCAUGAUACCACUUCUUGAACACUUCGUUUUCAACAAGGCUGAUGACGAGAGUGCAGACAGCUUAUUAGGCGAAACCAUUAAAACUCUCACUGCUUUGACUGAGGGUUUGGAGUGGCCUCAGUUCCGGUCUUUGCUCAAAAGGUACAUCGGUUAUCUUACUAGCAAAGAAGACCUGCAGAAGCCCAUCAUAAAACUCAUUGCAGGCCUUAUGGACGGGUUGAACCGAGCAGGGCGCGCUAAAGGUUACAUCACCGUAGUGGACCCCGGACCCAAUGACCUCAGUGCCCCCGAAUCCACUGAGGUCACGGAAGCUAUGGAUGUUGACACACCCUUAUCAACACUCACGAAAACUCUUCCGCAGCAGGAAAAGCUGACCAAAGAUCUUAUUGAUAACUUUCUACCCAACCUGAUCGAAUUCCUGCAUAAGAAAGAUGAAGCAACCGUCAGCCUACGAGUACCGAUCGCAAUUGCUGUCGCGAAGGUUCUCCUCGUGCUUCCGCCACCGGAGAUUGAGACACGCUUGCCGGCAGUCCUUCUAGACAUCUGCUACAUCCUAAAGAGUCGUGCCCAGGAGAGUCGAGAUAUGUCAAGAACUACACUCAGCGACAUUGCUACACUCAUGGGGCCAAGCUAUCUGGGUUUUAUUCUCAAGGCUUUACGAACUGCUCUCCAACGUGGCUAUCAGCUACAUGUUCUCUCAUUCACGCUCCACCAUAUCUUAGUCAAAUUGGCCGAUCAAAUGAAGUCAGGUGAUCUUGACUAUUGUCUUGCUGAAAUCGUUGAUGUCAUUAUGGAUGACACCUUUGGUGUUACCGGACAGGAGAAGGACGCAGACGAAUACAUUAGCAAGAUGAAAGAGGUGAAGAGCAGCAAGAGCUUCGACUCCAUGGACAUUGUAGCCCGGUCCGCUACUCCUGCGCACAUUAUAAAGCUGGUCCUUCCCAUCAGAUCUCUCCUCAUCGAGAGGCUCAAUUCAAGAAUGGUGCAAAAGAUUGACGAGCUACUUCGACGCAUUGGGCUCGGCGUCCUCCAAAAUCCAACCGUCCAUAGCAGGAAUAUACUGGUGUUCUGCUAUGAGCUGAUUCAGGAGGUUUACAGCACAAGCGCUUCCACCGAUAGGAAGCUGAAGAUUGAUCCUAAGAACAAGCGAUAUUUUGUCAACAACAGAGGAGCAGCCAAGUCCGGCGCUCGUCUUUCAACAUCGUCCUACUUGUACAAGAUGAUCCGAUUCGGCCUAGACAUUCUGCGGACGGUGCUGCGCAAACAUGACGACCUUCAGACCCCUCAGAAUCUGGCUGGCUUCUUGCCAAUCAUAGGCGAUGCCAUGGUACAAGGACAGGAAGAAGUACAGGUGUCGGCUGUCCGUCUUCUCACGACUAUCAUCAAAGUGCCCAUGAUGGAGCUGGACAAAAACUGCCCCGUGUACAUUGAUGAGGCGAUGCGUGCUAUCAAAGGUGCGUUGUCGUCGAACACCGAGCUUGCCCAGGCGUCCUUGAAGCUGGUGUCAGCCGUGCUACGCGAAAGGCCAAACGUGGAGGUCAAAGAACGAGAUGUUGGACACCUCCUCAAGCGCAUGUUGCCCGACCUAGACGAGCCCGACCGUUCGGGUGCCACUUUCGGCUUCCUCAAAGCUGUCAUGAACCGCCGCUUCGACGUUCCGGAGAUGUACGAAGCCAUGGACAAGGUCGCAGAGAUGAUGAUAACCAAUCAGACAAAAUCCGCACGAGACAUCGCCCGUAGUCACUACUUCCAGUUCUUAACUUCAUAUACGCAGAGCGAGAAUCGGUUCAAGAAGCAGAUGGAGUUCCUGCUGAAGAACCUGCGGUAUGAGCACAUCGAGGGCAGACAGUCGGUCAUGGAGGCUCUGGAUCUUGUCGUUACUAAAGCCCUUCCGAGGUUCCCGGAGAAAGCGCAGUACGAAUAUCACGGCAUGUUGUACCUCCCACUGAUCAAUACCCUCGCGAACGAUGAUUCGAGCAAGUGCCGUGAGUUGGCUAGCCUCCUUGUCAAGAGGCUAUUCCAGCAUGCAAGCGACAAGCGGCUGCAGAACUUUGCGGCGGACCUCAAGACUUGGUUGGAACAGGACGAGAAUGUAGGGCUGAAGCGACUUGGCAUCCAGUGUUGGGGAUUCUACUUUGAAGCUUUAGACGGUGAGGCGCCGAAGGAGCUGUCGUACGUCCUGGACCGACUGGAUGCGACGAUCGACAAGUGUCUGUCACGACGCGACGAAGAUGAUUGGGAGCUGCUCUACUACUCUCUUACCUUGCUUUCAAAGGUGUGCAAAAAGUAUGCGGACAUCAUGUUCUCUUCCAGCAAGGACAGCCUAUGGACUGCGGUCCAAGCGAGCGCAACCUACCCACACCUGUGGGUCAAGCUCAAGGCUGCUGAAUUGUUGGGAACGUAUUUCGCUCAUCUUGGUAUUUCAAACAAGGAUACUGGCCUGAACGCGCUGCCCCUGGCAGGAUCUGGUGGUCUGCAACUCGCGGAGCAGAAUAUGAUCCAGCUAUCGAACGCCUUCCUCAAGAAUCUGCUCAAUCCGGACGUCACCGAACAGCUCUGCUUGCAAAGUGUCAAGAACACUGCAUUUCUGGCGCGAUGUCUGGCCGUCAAUGGAGCAAAAUGGCAAUGGCACAAAGUCGACGAUGAGGAAGAGGAGGACGUGGUGGAAGAAAAUGGAGCUGCGAACGGCGAUAUACCAUCCUCAGAUGAGGACUUUGGCGGUUUCUCACCUCCCCCGGAGUCCACUAAAACCAAGAGCAACACUGCACCCCCAGCAGCGAUUCAUCGCCUCAUGAUUCGCCUCUCCGGCAUCGUCCGCCGCGACACAAGCUCGCUAACUGCCAAAACUGCAACGCUAUCCCUCCUCGAAACAAUCGCCUCUAAAUUCCCCUUGGAACCUCUCGGUACUUCAAUCCCCCACCUCCUCGCUACUCUUAACACCCUCGUCGACCCUGUGACAACCGUCCCGCGCUCCUUCACCCAGGCCACGACACUCAACGAGCCCAACGACGCGUACAAGUCCCUCAUUGAUAAAGCAAGAGAGAUUAUGAACGUACUGCAGAAGCGCAUGGGUACGCAGGAGUACCUGGCGGUGAUGAGUGAGGUGCAGAAAGCGGUCAGAGAGCGGAGGGAGGAGAGGCGUAGGAAAAGGAAAGUCGAUGCUGUGGUGGAUCCGGAGAAGUUCGGUAAGGAGAAGAGGAGGCGAAACGACGUGAAGAGGGUUAAGAGGAAGGAGAAAGGGCUUGAGAACCAGGGGAGGAGGAGGGGAUGGUAGGCAGGCCGAUCGAGCAUUUUAGAGCAUUUUGGGCGUUUGAGUGGGAAAAGUUAGCCUGGGAUAUGUCGCCACUAUGUAUAGGCUGUAGGGUUGAGUAUAAAGAUUCAGGAUGAUACCUAUCCAAACUAUUGAUUCUCUUACAGCGACAAUGC